CUGCGACUUGCCAUUUCGAGCGACGGCGCCCUGUUCGAGCCUACGCAGGCGUUUCUGCGCUCGUGCGGCAUUGGCGUUUCUCGAAGCAAUCCGCGCCGCUACAUUGCCGAUAUUCCCGCGCUCCCGGGCGUGACCGUUAUGUUUCAGCGCGGCGCAGACAUCACGCCGAAGGUUGAAGAGGGCAGCGCGGAUCUGGGCGUCGUGGGACUCGACCGCUAUCUCGAAAUGAGCAGCGAGGGUGCUGAUAGCGGUGUAGUGAUUGACGACCUGGACUUCGGCAGGUGCGAGUUGGUGCUAGGUGUGCCGGACUCGUGGGUGGAUGUGGUGUCGCUUGCGGACCUUGCGGACUUGUCGAUGGAGUUUCGGCAGCAGGGCAGGGACCUGCGAAUUGUCACGAAGUACCCGCGGCUCGUGGAACGGUUCCUGCUGCGAAGCGGCAUCAACCUGUUCUCGCUGGUGCAUUCGAGCGGGACGUUGGAGGCAGCGGUAGCGAUGGGCUUCGCGGACAUAAUCGCGGACGUUUCGGAGAGCGGCACGACGAUGCGCGAAAACCGCCUCAAGACGAUAAGCGGCGGUACGAUUAUUUCUUCACAGGCCUGCCUUAUCAGCAAUCAGCGGCUGUUGAGCGCGGAUUCCGCAAAGUUAGACAGGGCAAAGAGGCUUGUGGACGUGAUGGAGGGGCAUCUUCGAUCGCGCUCCUACUACAGUGUUACGGCGAAUAUGCGAGGGGAAACUCCGGAAGAUGUCGCGCGGCAGGUACUGGAGCACACAGAGAUAAGCGGGCUUCGGGGUCCGACAAUCGCGAAGGUGUACUCACAGGACGGCGUGGGAUGGUACGCCGCGACGGUCAUUAUCAGGAAGCGCAACCUAGCGGACGCCGUGGACAGGCUGCGGCAGGCGGGCGGAACGAGCGUAACGGUCUCUGACCUGAAUUACGUGUUCAAUUCCAACUGUGAGGCGCAGGACAGGCUGACGGGGGGUUAG